UGUAGCUUGCGCCUCCCCUGGCUGUUUCCAGAACAACAGAGUAGGAGACCCCGCGAAAGACCGCCCACAAGACCCCUGCGCGCAGCCAUGAGCCCCGCCUUCCCCUGGUGCUCGGAGAGGGGCGGGACUUGGAGCGAGGCUGCUCCGUGACCCCACCAUGUCCUCCCCCACCACAAGUUCCCUGGACAGCCCCGUGCCUGGAAAUGGCCCUCCUCAGCCCAGCACCUCCUCUUCUUCACCCACUAUAAAGGAGGAGGGCCCUGAGCUGUGGCCAGAGGGUUUGAACCCUGAAGCUCUAGGCACUGAUGGGGCCAGCUCCGCCUUCAUAGAAGUCAUCCUAGAGCCAGAGGAGGAGCCGGAGCGCAAGAGGAAGAAGGGCCCUGCUCCGAAGAUGCUGGGCCAUGAACUUUGCCGAGUGUGCGGGGACAAGGCCUCUGGCUUCCACUACAAUGUGCUCAGUUGUGAAGGCUGCAAGGGCUUCUUCCGGCGUAGUGUGGUCCACGGUGGGGCUGGGCGCUAUGCCUGCCGGGGCGGUGGAACCUGCCAGAUGGACGCUUUCAUGCGGCGCAAGUGCCAGCAGUGCCGGCUGCGCAAGUGCAAGGAGGCAGGGAUGCGGGAGCAGUGUGUCCUCUCUGAGGAACAGAUCCGGAAGAAGAAGAUUCAGAAACAACAGCAGCAGCAGCAGCAGCAGCAGCAGUCACUUGUGGAGCCAGGUGGCAGCAGCAGCUCAGCCUCUGGGCCUGGGGCAUCCCCUGGAGGGUCUGAGGCAGGUGGCCAGGGCUCAGGGGAAGGCGAGGGUGUCCAGUUAACAGCGGCUCAGGAACUAAUGAUCCAACAACUGGUGGCGGCCCAGCUGCAGUGCAACAAACGCUCCUUCUCUGACCAGCCCAAAGUCACGCCUUGGCCCCUGGGUGCAGACCCCCAGUCCCGAGAUGCCCGCCAGCAGCGCUUUGCCCACUUCACGGAAUUGGCCAUCAUCUCAGUGCAGGAGAUCGUGGACUUUGCCAAGCAGGUGCCUGGCUUCCUACAGCUGGGCCGUGAGGACCAGAUUGCCCUCUUGAAGGCAUCCACCAUUGAGAUCAUGCUGCUAGAGACGGCCCGGCGCUACAACCACGAGACAGAGUGCAUCACCUUCCUGAAGGACUUCACCUACAGCAAGGAUGACUUCCACCGUGCAGGCUUGCAAGUGGAGUUCAUCAAUCCCAUCUUCGAGUUCUCACGGGCCAUGCGGCGCCUGGGCCUGGACGAUGCAGAGUAUGCACUCCUCAUUGCCAUUAACAUCUUCUCUGCUGACCGACCCAAUGUGCAGGAGCCAAGCCGCGUGGAGGCCCUGCAGCAGCCCUAUGUGGAGGCUCUGCUCUCCUACACUCGCAUCAAGAGGCCACAGGACCAGCUUCGCUUCCCACGCAUGCUGAUGAAGCUUGUGAGCCUACGCACGCUGAGCUCCGUCCACUCGGAGCAGGUCUUUGCCCUGCGACUCCAGGACAAGAAGUUGCCACCUUUGCUGUCUGAGAUCUGGGACGUCCAUGAGUAAGGGGCUGGUCAUCCUGGUCCACAACCUUGCCUGACCACCCUCCAACAGAUGGACGCUAUCACUCUCUUCUUCCUGGGGUGGAAAGGGGCCAGGGCAGGCCUAUGGUUUCAGCUGUGACCUGAAGCACCCUUGUGGUCCCUCCCUUCCCACUGAGUCUUCCAGGAAGGGUGAUGGGUCACUGGUCCUAACCUCCGACCUUUCCCAGCUGCCCUUCCCACCCAGCUUACACCUCUACUGCUCAAUGCACCUUGAACAGAGGGAGGGAAGGGGAGGGCCCAUAACUUCACAGCCCUGGAGACCAUAGGUCCCCCUCUUCCUCUGCUCCUUUUAUUUAAUAAAAACUAAAAACAAAAACAAGAAAAUACGAGAACAAGCCAACCCUUAAGUAUAGGUAGAGAGGGGGUGAGCUUUCACGGUCCUCAUUAACACCAGCCUCUGAAUCUAAUUCAGUAGACAGACCAGCAGCCUCUUCAGGCUGCCAGGCUGUUGAGGUGACAGACCAUCCCAAUCUAGGAAGAUAGGGGCUGGCUGCUGAGGGGGGGGUCCAGGCCAUAUGCCUGACAAGUUAAGACUCACCUCCCUGAAGAAGAUUGAUUGGAGUCAUUUUUUUCCCUUUUUUUUCCGGUUGGUACUGGGAUUGGGUGUAAGGGUGCUUUACCACUGAGUUACAUCUCCAGCUUUUUAAUUUUUGAGACAGGGUCCCUCUAAGUUGCUGAGAGUCUUGCUAAGUUGCUAAGGCUGGCCUGGAGCUUUCAGCCCUGUCUCAGUCUCUCAAGUCUCUGACUACACCUGGCUUUGGAACCACUUUUGAAGGACAAAUAAGAUUUAAGUUGGUGAUGGGUUGGGACUUUUGUCCAGUCAACAAGUAUUUGCCAAGGCCCCUCGUGGGUGGGUGGGUACUGUGCUGCCCCUUCCAGGGAUGCACCAUUCAAACACCAAGUGCUGAUGGAGAGCUUAGACAUGCCCAGCAAUUUUUGGCCUGGAAACAGUGAACAAAAUAAAGUUGAGACAUGGGA